AUGAACGACAUAUGGGAUCAGAAUUACAGUUUCAAUGCCCAAGUAUUAACAAGCAGCAAGUCACACGAACAGAGGAUUCGCAACAAGCAAAUCAACUCUGACAUUUUCAUGCCAUACCCAAGCUCAAAAUUAGAUUGGAAAUCACAAAGAUGCCCAUCGGAGCACUUCAACGCCCCAUCGCAAUCACUCGAAAGAACACCUCAGAUCGGCAAGAAGACAAUAAUAGGAAGCUUCGCAGCUAGAUCUGAUUCCUCGGAGUACAACGAGAGCUGGAGAGAUGAGCAAGGGAGGGAUUUACCUAAGGACUUCGAAGCUCCGGCGAAGGACUCGCAGUCGCAGCAGCAGAUGGGUAGAACAAACAAUCAAUCAAUCGAUAUUGUGCAGAGACCGAAGAUGAGUCAGAAUAAUAAACUAACGGUUUUGCUUAGGUUGGUCUUCUUCUUCUUCUUCAUAGAAAACAUUGGAUUUACGCGUGUCACCCACGCGGUCCCAAUCUACGAAGGAUACGCCCUCCCACACGCGAUCCUUACAUUAGAUCUUGUGGGUCGGGACCUGACUGAUGCCCUGAUGAAGAUCCUCACUGAGAGAGGCUACACUUUCACCACGAGUGCUGAGCAGGAAAUUGUCCAUGACAUGAAGGAGAAGCUCGCCUACGUUGCCCUCGACUUUGAGCAGGAGCUAGAGACGUCAAAUACCAGCUCCACAGUAGAGAAAAGCUAUGAGCUGCCCGAUGGGCAAGUGAUCACAGUCGGGGCAGAGAGGUUCCGAUGCCCUGAAGUCCUCUUCCAGCCCUCUCUGAUGGGAAUGGAGGCACCUGGGAUCCACGAGACGACUUAUAACUCGAUCAUGAAGUACGAUGUGGAUACCAGAAACGACCUGUAUGGUAACAUCGUCCUCAGUGGAGGGUUGACUAUGUUCCCAGGGAUCGCCGAUCAGAUGAGCAAGGAGAUUGCCGUGCUUGCCCCGUGCAGCAUGAAGGUGAAGGUGGUGGCUCCUCCCGAGAGGAAGUAUAGCGUGUGGAUUGGUGGGUCCAUCUUAGCCUCCCUCAGCACCUUCCAGCAGAUGUGGAUAAGCAAAGGUGAGUACGACGAGUCCAGUCCAGCGAUUGUUCACCGGAAGUGCUUCUGAGUGAGUUUGGACGAAUACAAAUAUCCCAUUGCAAUGGUUCAGUACUGUGUAAUUCCGAUUUUCUUCUUUUCCUCGAUUGGGAAGGGGCAUGCAGCUAUAUGUAUUGUUUGAGUUUAGUGAGCUUAAGGAGUGUAUAUCAAUCGUGUUAUCGAA